AGGAAAGUACAAAUUGAAUCAAACUUAACUAUCUUCUUCUCCGAAUUCCACACGCACUCACACACACAGAGAGAGGGAGAAGAGAGAGAGAGGGUGAUGGCGAGACACGGUGGAAGAGCUGUGUUGAUGGUAGUAAUAGUGCUGGUAUCGUCAUGGGUGCCAAUCUCCCACUGCUCAAAGAAACCAGUGGGAGUUGCCAGGAAAGAAGACAUACCCUACAUAAAAUGCCAGGUCUGUGAAAAGCUGGCACAGCAGUUAUACCACCAAGUGCAUAAAAAACAAGAUCAGAUCUCUCCCAAAAAGAUCUCAGAGUAUGAAAUCAUCGAACUUUCCGAGAACGUUUGUAAUUUGAAGAAGCAGGAAGCUGAUUGGAUCCUCAAAAUUGAUAUUGUAGAACAAGGAAAUAGAUUGGAGCUUGUAGAACAGGACUCUGAAGGACAAUGCAAUUCAGAAUGCAAGACAAUUGAGCGAGCUUGUCAAGAGGUUUUGGGGUAUUCUGAUACUGAUGUUGCGGAAUACUUGUACAAAAAGAAGCCUCAAAUUAAUUCCUUGGUAAAUUUCCUUUGUAAAGAUCUCACGGAAGCAUGCAGCUCCAAGCCCCCACCCCUUCCAAAGAAUAGGACUCCAGGAGAACCUUUCGUCCCUAAGUCAUCAAAGGAGGCGGAAAUGGACAAGCUUUUAAAAUCCAUGGAGGGUAUGCCUGGAGCACCUGGGAUGAAAAUGUACUCGAGGGAAGAUUUGAUGAACAUGAAUAAUUUUGGUGAUCAAGACGCAGAUGAAGAUGAUGAUGAUGAUGAGGCACAAUUUCCCUCAAAUUUGGGAAAAGUUUUGAGAGAUAAAGAAACUAAAAAGAGCGAUUGGAAGCUGAGGAUCAUGAAAGGGAUCACAGACACCGGCGAGGCACUCAAAAGCCACGCAACCAAAGUCUCCCACGGGGUACAAAAGUGGUGGAGGGGAAAGAAAGCAAGUUUAAAGAAGAAUUCUAAGUCGAACAAGGCAGAUCUUUAGUGGAUAACACCAUUUUGCAUUUUUCGGUGUAUGCUAUAGUAUAGUUCAAUUAAGCAAAAAACGGCAUUUAGAUUGAACUUGAGCACAAAUUGAUGCUAAUUUUCUGAGGGUUUGCUUUUCACCUUUCUGAUUUGUAGUGACAUUUGAUCUGAAUUUUCCUCCAACAGGCAUAAAUCACACUACUGCUGUCUUUAGUCUUUACUGAGUGGAAUUGAAUCUUCCCAGAAAACUUGUUGAAUACCACCAUCUUGUGUUCCAAGAUUUGAAAUCAUUGAAUUUGCUGCAGUUGGUCAGGUGUGUGCCCUAUUACUUUUCCUGUGAUUAACAUUGGAUAGUUAAAUUAUAAGUGAGUAAAUUUAUUCUAAUAAUAAAUAAAUAA